AGAUAAUUCUGCCAGGAGGAUCUGGAUCUGGAUCUUGGAUAUUAUUUUCUCACACAUGGGGAAUGAGCGCGCAUGCGCAUUACAUCCACAGGAAUAAUUAAAGGGUGUGUCCAAAGAGAUCAAUUUCACAAAUGGCUACUGCAUGCUAGCUAGCUGUUUUAACAGAUAUUUUCUGAGUAUUGUAGCUAACAAAAAGCUAGCGCUUUAGUGCAAGGCUAACUCAUAUGUUGAAUAGAAAGUUUGUGCGAACAGAUGAUGCUAUGAAAGAUUCUGAAGAGACUGCAACAGCCUUCAAUUCACGUGGAUGAACCCAAAAGGUGUAUAAAAGUUGUGGGAAUUGCAAGAAGCAUUACUAAUAAUGAGUUGCUUACUGUGGAAGUCAAUUACUCUCCUGAGCCUGGUUUGGGCUGUUGGAGGACAAUCAAGUGGAGACCUGAGGCUGGUAGGCAACUCAAGCCAAACAGGAGGCUCCUCUGGUAGACUGGAGUUCUAUUACAAUGGACAAUGGGGGACAGUGUGUCAGGACAGCUUUAGUCCAAAUGAUGCCAGAGUGGCUUGUCGUCAACUAGGGUUCUCAAGCUACAGUCGAUACGAAACAGUUGGAAGGCUAGGUUUCUCCUCAGCUUCAUCAACCACUCGGACAUGGCUGGAUGAGCUUCGUUGCUUAGGAACUGAGAGCAGACUCACUGAUUGCCUUGCUAACCCUAUCGGAUAUGAAGAUUGCGUCCAUUCAGAAGAUGUGGCCUUGAUCUGUACUGAAAGCACUGCAAGCCCAAAUGGAGACCUGAGGCUAGUAGGCAGGUCAGGCCAAACAGGAGGCUCCUCUGGCAGACUGGACGUCUAUUUCAGUGGACAACAAUGGGGGACAGUAGCAGUGUGUGAAGACAACUUCGGCUCGAGUGAAGCAAAAGUGGCUUGUCGUCAACUAGGGUUCUCAAGCUACACUCGUUAUGGAAAAGUUAUUGAAACACUAGGAUUUUACCCACCUACAUCAAUCACUCGGACAUGGCUGGACGAGCUUCGUUGUCGAGGAACUGAGAGUAGACUCAUUGAGUGUCCUAACACUAUCGGAGUUGAAGAUUGCACCCGUUUUGAAACUAUUGCCUUGAUCUGUACUGAAUCAUCGGUGUCCAGUGUAUCUAUCGGUAUUGGAGUCGCUGUUCCUGUUAUCAUCAUCAUCUUUGUGGUUGUGAUUAUCAUAUUGUUCUGUGUUAUCAUAAGAAGGCGUCGCCUAAAUCGCCCCUCACCCAGGACUCUAAACACUAACACUACCUCGACAGCCGCAACCGUCACAAAUACACAAAAUACAGCCUACUCCAUGAACCAAAGAUCCUCAAACUCGAAUCAAUCCCCCUGGCUUCAACCAACUGGACAAUACGCCGCUUCCUCCCUGCACCGCACGUCCUAUCCUCAACAACCCCCAGCUGCGUACUCUCAGCAAUCCCCAGCUCCUUAUUUCACCAGAGAACCACCCUCAGCCCCGUACCCCACUGCAAAACCACCCCCUGCUCAGCUCAGCACCCCACUGAAAAGCCUCUACAGUUCUCCACUGUAUUUUUCUGGCGGAGAAGCCCCUCCACCAUAUCCGGGAUAACUAUAAUGGGUACUUUGAUGUCUCAUAUAUAGCUCAUUUUCAUAGCCUGAAUAUUCUUCAAUUCUGUUAUUUUUUAUACAAUCAAAAUUCUGUCACAAACCUGCUGGAUUUUCAUAGCCCGAAUAUUCUUCAAUUCUGUUAUUUUUAUACAAUCAAAAUUUUGUCCCAAA